ACUAACCUCGUCAUUAACAAUUUUUAACGAAGAAUUCGUUUUAUGUGAUAUAUCAUUUGUUUGGAUACAAAUUACAAUGCAAACUCGAUACAUAGUAAUUGUGGUGAACAAAAAACGUUAAGUAAAAUAUAUAUUUAUACUUGGAAUUUAAUUCUACAAAAAAAAAAAAAAAUCUCAUAUAAAACUUAUAAAUUUGAAUUCUUACAAUAUCAUUUUAUGUAAUAGAAUGGUGUCAAAUAUUUAAGGACGUUACGUUAAAGUAGAAAGAACACCAUCAUCAUAUAUAUAAGUUGGACGAGGGAGAGAGUAAUUACCAACCAAAUUCGUAGAGAAUAAAUUGCAUAUAGAGGAAAAAAAAAAAAAAAAAAAAGGAAGUCACAUCUUCAAAGUUGGGGAAAAUUCUUCACAACACCAAAUAUGGUCCAAAAGAUUGGUUUUCAAUGAGGACCAGUCUUCUCGUAGACCUGAGAAAAAAAACCUCAGUUUAUACUAAUUUGUAGACCAUGACUUGGUCUUAUAAUAAUAAUUUUUCCCUAAGCUUCUAUGAAAUCUUAGUAUACUUACCGUGUUCAACAGAUACAAAUACUUUGAAAACACAAUCUUCUUUUUCAUAUAUAAUACUCUAGCAAGCCCACCUAGAUAAUCCCCUUAAAUUCUCCUCAAAUCACUUCCAUUUAUGUUGUCUUGAACAAGUUAAAAUCUCCAUAAACCAUUUUGAACAAACAAUACCAGCCAAGUAGUUAACUCUUCGUAAAAGGGACAUAUAUACAUGGAUGAGACAACUGCUAUAAUGCUUUAUGGGUGUAAACUGGGUAAAGAGCUGGAAGCCAACUUACCAAACUGGGCAAACCAACGAGGUGUCAUAUUAAGUAAAACAGAAGAAAUCCUCGCCGUAUUUAAUAAUGUAAAAGAAAGAUUAAUGAGCCAUCAUCAGCAUCAGCAACAGGUGGUUCAAGAAUGGCUGAGUAGUAGUGCUGCAACUACUCAGGCACUAGAAUUGUUCCAUGCAGCAGAGAAUAUGUCAGCAUUCGCCGCGCAUGGGCUGCCACCGGAAAGUGAUCAAAUGGGGUUGCAACAUCAGGUGGCGGGUCAGAAUCAGGUCAUGGAUGCAUCUCAUGAUUCGAAUAGAGCUGCUGGUUCUUCUUCCUCUCAAAGGCAACGAAGAAGGUGCAGAACGGGAGAUACAGACAGAAGAACAGUGAGGAUGGCUGCUCCUAGAAUGGGAAAUCUUGAACUCCCACCUGAAGAUGGUUAUACUUGGAGAAAAUAUGGUCAGAAAGAGAUUCUUGGAUCUAGGUUCCCAAGGGCUUAUUAUAGAUGCACCCACCAAAAGUUAUACAAUUGUCCAGCCAAGAAGCAAGUCCAACGCCUUGAUAAUGAUCCUUACGUAUUCGAAGUAACAUACAGAUCUCAACACACGUGUUAUAUGUCCGCCACAGCUCCCACCGUGCCUCCUCAGUCCGUGGAAGAGAUAACUCAUCAAACCACCACAACUCUGCCUCCAGCGCCGCUGCUGUUGCCUCCACCAACUUCAGCCUCCUUAAGCGAGCAUUGGCUCUCCAUGGAUAUUAAGCCACAAGGAGAAGCUGGCCCAAGCACUACUAGUACUCCAUUUGACAUACAAAGGGAUUUUGGGCAUGGUACUGGUGGUUCACUAGCUAGCAUAUGCAAUGUGGUGAACACCGGCAGCGGUGGUGCGGGGCCCUCCGGUGGUAGAUAUGGGAGGGAAGUUGAUCACUACCAGCCGGUGGUGGAUAUGGCGGACGCCAUGUUUAAUUCUGGGAGUAGCAGCAACACUAGCAUGGACAUCAUCUUUCCUUCUAUUGAUGAAAAAUGGGACACGGCAGAUAAGAAAGAAUAGUUCAUAUAAUACGGCUAGCUAAUUAAUUAAUUAAUUAAACACGACGACAAAGUCUUAUUAAUUGUUUAUGGGAACUUAGGUUA